AUGUUUAAAAAGUACGCCCCCGUCUUAUUCUCCAACGAUGAGGUAGCAGGGCAGAAUCAGCUCAAAGCAUCUGUUCAGCGCAAAAUUCGGCAAUCCAUAGCCGAGGAGUACCCAUCUCUGGACUCAGUCUUGGAGGACCUCCUACCAAAAAAGUCUCCCAUUGUGAUUGCCAAAUGCCCCAAUCACGUGAGUAUCGUGGUCAUGAAUAAUGUUCCCCUCUUCUUCAAUGUGAGGGACGGUCCCUUCAUGCCCACGCUUCGCCUGCUGCAUCAAUACCCGGAUAUGAUGCGAAAGAUGCAGGUGGAUAGGGGCGCGAUCAAGUUUGUGAUGUCAGGAGCUAACAUCAUGUGCCCGGGACUCACCUCCCCUGGUGGGAAGAUGGACGACGGCAUUCCUACUGACUCCCCCGUGGCCAUAUUCGCUGAGGGCAAGGAGAACGCUCUCGCGAUUGGAUACACCAAGAUGUCGUCAGAUGACAUUCGCAAGAUCAACAAGGGCAUAGGCGUCGACUUGAUGCACUACCUCAACGACGGGCUCUGGAAGGUAUGGUAA